UCCAUUUUCCCGUCCGCUCCGCCUCCCCCGACUUCCUCCUCCACCUCCCCUGCUUCCUGCCCCACGGGCCUAAAACCCUAGCUCCGCCUUCCCCCGAUCCUUCCCGCCCAUGGCCUCCGACGACGCCAAGCGAGCCUCCUCCGCAGCCGCGGAUCCGCCCGCCGACGACGCCAAGGACGCCGACCCCGAGCCCGAGGCGGAGGGCAAGCAGGAGGAGACGCCGCAGCAGCCGGAGAAGAAGCGGGGGCGGCGGAAGAAGGGGGAGGCGGAGAAGAAGACGCCGCCGCCGAAGAAGGUAGCGCCCGUGAUUGAGCGGCCGUCCAGGGAGAGGAAGACGGUCGAGAGGUACGCGGAGCUCGCCCCGCGCGUCACGCCCGUCAAGAAGUCCCCCGCUAUUCUCCAGGGCUCUGGAACGAAGCUGAAGGACAUUCCCAAUGUUUCCUUCAAACUAUCAAAGAGAAAGGCAGAUGAGAAUCUUCAGAGUCUUCAUACUCUAAUGUAUGGGAGAAAAUCGAAUGUCCACUUUCUGAAGAGAAACUUAUCCCAAUUUUCUGGGUUUGUUUGGACUGACAAUCAAGAAAAGCAUAGGUCCAGGAUAAAGGAAAAGCUCGACAAAUUUAACAAGGAGAAGUUGCUUGAUUUUUGUGAAAUACUGGACAUUCAUGUUUCAAAAGCAACUACAAAGAAGGAGGAAGUUUCUGCCAAGGUGUUGGAGUUUUUGGAGUCUCCUUGCAUUACCAGGGAUGUUGUUCUCACUGACAAGAAGAAAGGGAAGAAACGAGGGAGGAGAUCUAAAGGAAGUGGCCAGGCAACUUCUGAAGGUGCUUCUGCAGAGAAGAAAAGGAAAAAGAGCCAGAAACAAGCAGCUGAAGCUGAGAAAGAGAAUGAUGAUGAAGACGAUGCUGGUCCUGCUGGUUCUGAGGAUGAAUCUAUGGGAGAGGAAGGUGAUGGGGAUUCUGAAGCAAAUGAUAAUGCCGUGAGUGAUGAAGAACUUGACGAGCCUCCAGCAAAGAAAAAGUCAACAGAUGUUAAGGAGGCAAAGAAAGAAUCUGGGUCUAAGGCAAAAGAAAAGGAUGCACCAGAAAAAAAGUCUUCUACUAAACCUGCAAAAGGUGCAUCAAAGCCUUUUCAAGACACUAAAGAUGAGCCUGAUGUAGAGAGCAAAAAGGUUGGCAAGAGAGCCAAGAGUUCAAAGGAAAGUGAUGUGCCUGUAGAUUCAAAUAAGGCCAACAAGGAAGUUUCUAAAUCCAAAAAGGAUGAUGGAAAAGAAGGCCAGAACAAUAAGGCACGUGCUAAGGAUGGUGCCAAGAUAUCCAAUAAAAAUAAAGAAAAAGGCAAGGGUGGUGCAGAUGCUGGGUCUGCCCCAACCACUGAACAGCUGCAUGCUGUUGUUAGCAGCAUUUUGAAGGAAGUUGACUUCAAUACGGCAACUUUGGCUGAUAUCCUCCGACAAUUAGGGGGGCAUUUUAAAAUGGACCUCAUGGACAGAAAAGCAGAAGUGAAGCGCAUCAUAGAGGAGGUGAUCAAUAAUAUGUCUGACGAUGAUGAAGGUGAUGAGGAUAACUCAGAAGAUGAAGCAGAAGACAAUGGUAAGGUGGAGAAUUCGAAGGAUGAUCCCAAAGGAGGUGAAGAAAAGUAGUUCAGCGAACCAGAUGUGAUGUGGUCAGAUCAGUUUCUUGUGUCAGUAUUAUGGAUGAGAGGACUAUAUUUCAUGCCAGUGUUCCUGUUUGGGAGGUUUGGUUCUGUACAAUGGGGCACCGCAACAGUGAAUCGGUGACCUGGGUAGUACAAGAUUGUUAACCAUUUCACAGCCGUACACACCUAGUUGUGCUUGACUUGUUAGUGAUCUGUAGUCUAGUUGCUGGUCAUGUACAAUAGCUGUGCGUUUAAUAGCUUUGUUGCUUAGCUAGCCUGACUGUAAUAUGCAGAAUAAUUCUUGGGUUUGUUACUUCCAUUUCUUUAUGUAAAACGCUGUAUCCUUCAGAAUCAUUUCUGCUUCGUCCA